UGCAAGUAGAGUAGAAAAACAAAUAUGGCGGCGCCCGUCAACAGAGUUUCCGCUGCUGAUGUUUAGUCACUUUUUUCACAUUAAAAGAACUUUUAGAAGAAAAAUCUAUUUCUGUCUGGGAAACCGAUCUUUAUGGCCACGUCCAGACUGGCAGUAGUCUGUGGGGGCUCCAGAGGUAUAGGAGCCUCUGUCUCACAGCUGCUGGCACUGAGGGGCCACAGGGUGGCGGUGGUGUCCAGGAACAAGGAGGCUGCAAAAACCACUGUGGCAUCUCUGCCUGGAGACGAACACAUGACCUUCAGCUGUGACGUUUCCAAACCACAGGAAGUCCAGGAGACCUUUGACUCCAUUCACAAAAGCUGUGGAGGAAUCUCCUACCUGGUGAACGCUGCUGGAAUCAACAGGGAUGCUCUGCUGCUGAGGACCAAGCCUGAGGACAUGGAGGCCCUGCUGCACACUAAUGUGAUGGGCACCAUGCUGACCUGCAGGGCGGCGCUGCGGAGCAUGCUGCAUGUUCAGGGAGGCGCCAUUGUUAAUUUAGGUUCUGUUGUGGGUCUGAAAGGAAACCCAGGUCAGUGUGUUUACAGCGCCACCAAGUCUGCUCUGGAAGGAUUCACACGGUCUUUAGCCAAAGAAGUAGCGUCACGGAAGAUCAGAGUCAACCUGCUGGCUCCAGGUACUGAACCGCUCCGCCGUAGUACUCUGGAGGACUCCACUGUCAUUCCCAGGAUGUGCUCAUGUCCCAGAAUUCCUCUGUUGUUGGCAGGCUUCGUCCACACCUCCAUGACCUCAGGACUGAAGGAGGAGGAGGUCACACGUGUCAUUCCUCUGAGGAGAUUUGGACGAGCUGAGGAGGUGGCUCUGUCUGUUCUGUUCCUGCUGCAGAGUUCCUACAUCACAGGCCAGGUUCUAGUGGUGGACGGGGGUCUGCACUUGUCCAUGUAGGAGGUGUAGCCUCAUUAGCAGUGAUGAGGCUCUCACAUCAGUAGAUGAAUCAGUGACCUCUGACCUCUGGAGGAGGGUUGGGGUGGGGUGUGGAUGGAUGUGUCUGUUUCUGUUGAGGGUGUUGACGUGGGUCAACAUCUGGUUCAUGGGUGAUAGAAGAUGAACAGCCAGGACUGUGUUGGUUCUGAACAUUUAUUUACUUUAAUAAAACCUAAAAUAACAUCAGGAAACAGUUUCAUGUACAGAUGGUGAUUGGCCAAGAAAUGUGCAAGCACAGAAAACAAUCAGCAGAUGGUGCUGUGUCACACUGUAAAGACAUAACAGGCCAGGUAUAAAUAUAUGUUACUUUUCUUCAACAGGAAAAAAAAACAAGGAUCUGGUUUCAGUCCGUCGGUUCCUUUAGACAGUUCUUUGGCACCACAGAAAGAAAACAACCAAACAAUAAGAACAGGCAGAACAGAGAG